AUGUCCCUUGCUCCUCUGUUCGUCUUCUCAAUCGUAUACGGUCUCACAGGCUCAUACACCAGCACCUGGCCCGGCAUUAUGCGCAAGGUAGUCCGCAAAAAGCCCUCCACUGAAUCAAGCAUGGUGUUUGCCCCACUUGCGGCCGGAAGAGGCGUCGGAAACUUGGUUUCGGGACCCCUUAGUGAGGGCCCCAUUGAUGGGAUGCCAUCGGAGGGGGACGCGGGGUAUGGAUAUGGGAGUGGAUAUGGAUCCUUGAUUGCUUUCACGGGAGUUACAGGCGUUGUGGGUGGUGGAAGUUAUAUUGCGAGGCGUGAAGUGGUUGUGAACCCUGCCAACCUAACCUAG